AUGACGACGCCCGCGGGGCCCGCGGCUCCUCCGCCGCGCCCGCCGCCGCCGCGUCUGGACCCCGCGUUCGACGGCGUCCUGCGCGCGGACCCGCGAAACCCGAACCGGUGCGAGUACUUCCAAGACCGCAACAAGCGCUGGCCGUUCCGCUGCGACGCGGACGGGCAUUCGCUCCUCUCUCGACUCCUCGAGGUCGCGACGCCCGUCGUGGGCUCCGUGCAGGCGAAGAUCGACGCCGCGCACGGCGAGCGCGCCUCCGCGGUCGUCGCGGAGGGCGCGCAGAUCUACGCGAGGAAGCCGAACAUGGGCGAGAACGACGUGACGUGGUCGCAGGCGGAGUACGGCCAUCUGGGCUUGCAGAAGGAGUACGUGCGCUACAAGUCCGUGCAGCGACUGACGGAGUCGUGGGCGUGCCUGCAGCGCGCGCGCGCGCGCGGCGUGUUCAGGGCGUUGCGCGAAGGAGGAGGAGGCGAUGACGAAGAGCGCACGCCGCUGCGCGUCGCGUCGCUCGGCGGCGGGCCCGGAUUCGAGCUCCUCGCCGCGCGAUGGUUCUUCGAGCGGCACUACCCGUCCUACGACCUCGACCUCGUCUCGUUGGACCUCGAGGAGAGCUGGCGCGAGCCCGCGCUGACGCUCGGCGUGCGCUUCAACGUAUGGGACGUGAACGACGGCGAGGGGUUAGAGCGCGCCGCGGGCGGGGACGUCGACUUCGCGAUCGCGUCGUACGUGUUCAAGAUGUACAUGACGAACGAGACGUGCGCGAAGUGGUUGGGGGAAAAACUCAACGGCGACGCGUCGCCGCUGCGCGCGGUGCUCGUCGUGUCGAGGGACGAGAACCUGGAGAGCGGGUCGAGGCUGCUGAGGGAGGUCGGGAGGGUGAAGGUGACGCCGCUGAUGGAUCAGAGCAACGGGCGGGACGACCGGCAGCUGGUGUUGACGCCGGGGACGGCGGCGGGCGUCCGCGCGACUGAUAACCUUAAGGGAAAAACAAGCGAUGAAUUAGUUGAAGACGUCGCGACGGCGACGGCGGCGGCGGCGGAGCCGCUGACGUUUCCGAACGUGCCGUACGAGGAGCAUAAAAAGAAACGCGCGGGGGGUGGCGGUUCGUACGGGGGACACGGCGGAGGCGAUAGGGGAGGCGGCGGCGGCGGCGGCGGCGGGAACGGGAGAAGGUUCGGCGGCGGCGGCGGGUGGUCGGAUCGACAUCGCGGCGGCGGCGGCGGCGGCGGAGGCAGGGAUAGUUCGUUUAGAGAUAGCCAUAGGAGCGGCGGCGGCGGCGGAGGCGGAGGCGGCGCGCGCUGGUAA